GUCAUCGGCCCGCGCGCGCACAUCGGCCUUAUUUACACCGCAGGUGAGCAGCUCCGGGACCGAACCAAGAACCGAACCAGACCCGGGAAGGAGCCGAGCGGAACCACAGGCAGCAUGAAGCAUUUCCUCCGUGUGUUGUGGUUCUUUGUGUGUCAGGUUUUGUGGAGAGGUUUGAAGUUUGUGUUGAGGAAGUUCUCCGGACGCUGUGAACUUCAACGACUCUGCUCCUCCAACAAACCCGGAGCCCGACGCACACUCAAGAUGGAAUCGUCCCUGAGAAACUCCAGGAGUCAGUUGUUGCAGUCGUCUCUGAACGUUCAUCCAGAUCGAGUGGAGAAAACGAUCGAGGAAAUAAUGUCCCUGAAGAAAAUCAACGGACACAGACACAGCAGACUGGGCGUGUCCCUGCAGGGGGCUCUGCUGCAGAUCGUCGGGUAUCGAGCUCUGCUGCUGGACGUGGAGAAACUUCGCCGAGAACCGUACGACAGCACCGACCCGAAGCACGAGGACAUGCUCCUGCAGCUGUGGAGGGAGCUACGUCCCGACUGCCCUCUGACCGGGAGGAUUUCUAAACAGUGGAGUGAGAUCGGGUUCCAGGGCAGCGACCCCAAGACCGACUUCAGAGGGAUGGGCCUGCUGGGCCUCAGCAACCUGCUAUACUUUGCUGAACACGACAAGACCACGGCUCUUCAGAUGCUCAACGACUCUCUGCAGCCCAAACACAAUGAGAUGGACCAGAGCGAGUGGGAGCAGAAGAGCAGAGACAAGGCCAUAGGUUAUUCGUUCGCCAUCGUGGGCAUUAACAUCACGGAGCUGGCGUAUUCUCUGCUGCUGAGUGGAGCUCUGAAGACUCACCUGUACAACGUGGCUCCGGAGAUGUCCACCCUGCAGCACUUCCAGCAGACCUUCUGUUUUCUGAUGCAGGAGUUCCACAGUUUCUGGGUGGAGGAGGAUCCCAGUGACAUCAUGGAGUUCAACCGCGUUCGCUCCAAGUUUCAGAGGAAGAUGGAGAAGCGGCUGCGGAGCCCGGACGCCGCUCUGUGCCCGCGCUUCUCCGCCUCCGACCUGCACCUGGUCAACCUGUGAGCCCCGCCCCCUGCCCUCACCUGACCCCGCCCCCAUCUGACCUGAACACACCUGAGCCCAAACACACCAGACCCCGCCCCCAUCUGACCCCAAACACACCUGACCCCGCCCCCAUCUGACCCCAAACACACCUGAUCCAAACACACCUGAUCCAAACACACCUGAGUCAAAACACACUUGAGUCAAACACACCUGAUCCAAACACACCUGACCACCGCCCCAUCUGACCCCAAACACACCUGAUCCAAACACACCUGAUCCAAACACACCUGACCCCGCCCCCAUCUGACCUGAACACACCUGACCCUACCCACACCUGAGCCCGAAUACACCUGACCUGAACACACCUGAGCCCAAACACACCUGAGUCAAACACACCUGACCUAAACACACCUGAUCCAAACACACCUGACCCCGCCCACACCUGAGCCCAAACACACCUGAUCCAAACACACCUGACCCCGCCCCCAUCUGACCUGAACACAC